AAAUAUUAUAAUGGAACCUGGAUCAAUGGACGGAUUGAGGCCUAUCGGAGGCCAAGAGCAACAACAACCAAGUAAGGAAGAUAACAUAGAUACCCCCAAUAACAAUCAUGAGGAACAACCUACUAAGAAAAGGGAGGCAAAGGCUAUUCAGCCAAACCAGACCUUGUAUAUCAGGAAUCUUAAUGAGAAAAUUAAGAAAGAUGAUAUGCAACAUUCCCUUUUCCACUUAUUCGGACUAUACGGUGACAUUCUUGAGAUCACUGUCAAGAAAAAUCUUAAAAUGAAAGGACAAGCUUUUGUUGUUUUCAGUAGUGUCGAUAACGCGCAGAAAGCCCAGCAUGAUCUACAAGGUCACACGUUCUUCGAAAAGAAAAUGGAAAUUCAGUACGCCAAGCAACCCUCUGACGCCACCCUCAAGGCAAGGGGAGAGUUCGAUAAAUAUGAAAUUAAAUAAGAGAUUCCAGAGGAAAAAGGAAAACGAAGCUAAGGAAAGAGAGCAAAAGAGAAAGAACAUGGAAGAACAAAUAGAAGAAGUCAAGGGAGACAUCGAUGACAUUCAGGAUAAAAUGAAGGAAACUCUGGAGGAAGAGAAAAGACUCAUGCUUGAGUCCCAGAAAAAGACACUAACUUUUGAAAACCUUCCAAAGAACGUGACUGAGGAUCAGGUUAGACACCUCCUAACUCAUUAUCAAGGAAUUAAGGAUGUAUUUGUGAAUCCUGGGACCUGAGUUGCCGUUGUUGAGUUUGAGACACAUGCCAAUGCAGAUCUAGCCAAGAGAGGCGUUCAUGAUUAUGAGUGGGUACCAGGCAGCAAACUUGCGGUGAAUUUUAAAUAAAGAGAGUUAAAAGCGGAUUUUGGAUUUUU